GAAGCUAAUACAACCAGACUAAUAAAACACAGGGAAUGGAAUUCAGGCAGCUCUGGAGAGGAGACAGUAUCCGAACCCAGAGCCAAAAUCACCGGGCAAAUAAUGGAUAUAUGCUGCAUGUGCCUAGUCAAAGCUGCAUGAGGGGCCAGUCAAUCCGAGCGGCUUUGAAUAUGUCUACAUUACUGUCAUUUCAUCUCUGGGACUGGCCACCAACCUCAGCCUACCCAGCCUCUGACUCACCCCACUAGCGGCCAAAAGCUGGAAUUCUACACCACCCCCAAGCUCUUUCCCCUCCUCACGUGAUUGCUGGGAAAUCCCUACCAAAGACUAGCUGAAGGCUCACGAAGGGUCACUAGAUGGGAUCCCAGGGAACUUGUUUCUUAGGAGGCACAUUCAGCAUUCCUGAUACCGGGUUGGAUAACAGCCACCUCUUCCAGGGUCCUGUUUCAUUUGGGAGAACCAUGGCUCCAAAACGAAAGGCCUCUGUGCAGACCAAGGGCUCCAAGAAGCAGCGACAGGGGACAGAGGAGGAGGACAGCUUCCGGUCCACUGCCGAGGCUCUCAGAGCAGCGCCUGCUGAUAAUCGCGUCAUCCGUGUGGACCCCUCAUGUCCAUUCAGCCGGAACCCCGGGAUUCAGGUCCACGAGGACUAUGACUGUACCCUGAACCAGACCAACAUCGGCAACAACAACAACAAGUUCUAUAUUAUCCAACUGCUGGAGGAGGGCAGUCGCUUCUUCUGCUGGAAUCGAUGGGGCCGCGUGGGAGAGGUGGGCCAGAGCAAGAUGAACCAGUUCACCUGCCUGGAAGAUGCAAAGAAGGACUUUAAGAAGAAAUUUUGGGAGAAGACUAAAAACAAAUGGGAGGAGCGGGACCGCUUUGUGGCCCAGCCCAACAAGUACACACUUAUAGAAGUCCAGGGAGAAGCAGAGAGCCAAGAGGCUGUAGUGAAGGUGGACAGCGGCCCUGUGAGGACCGUGGUCAAGCCCUGCUCCCUAGACCCUGCCACCCAGAACCUUAUCACCAACAUCUUCAGCAAAGAGAUGUUUAAGAAUGCCAUGACCCUCAUGAACCUGGAUGUGAAGAAGAUGCCCUUGGGAAAGCUGACCAAGCAGCAGAUUGCCCGUGGCUUCGAGGCCUUGGAAGCUCUAGAGGAGGCCAUGAAAAACCCCACAGGAGAUGGCCAGAGCCUGGAAGAACUCUCCUCCUGCUUCUACACUGUCAUCCCACACAACUUCGGCCGCAGCCGACCCCCGCCCAUCAACUCCCCUGAUGUGCUUCAGGCCAAGAAGGACAUGCUGCUGGUGCUAGCGGACAUCGAGUUGGCGCAGACCUUGCAGGCAGCCCCUGGGGAGGAGGAGGAGAAAGUGGAGGAGGUGCCACACCCAUUGGAUCGAGACUACCAGCUCCUCAGGUGCCAGCUUCAACUGCUGGACUCUGGGGAGUCCGAGUACAAGGCAAUACAGACCUACCUGAAACAGACUGGCAACAGCUACAGGUGCCCAGACCUGCGGCAUGUUUGGAAAGUGAACCGAGAAGGGGAGGGAGACCGGUUCCAGGCCCACUCCAAACUGGGCAAUCGGAGGCUGCUGUGGCACGGCACCAAUGUGGCCGUGGUGGCUGCCAUCCUCACCAGUGGGCUCCGAAUCAUGCCGCAUUCGGGUGGUCGUGUUGGCAAGGGUAUCUAUUUUGCCUCCGAGAACAGCAAGUCAGCUGGCUAUGUUACUGCCAUGCACUGUGGGGGCCACCAGGUGGGCUACAUGUUCCUGGGCGAGGUGGCCCUCGGCAAAGAGCACCACAUCACCAUCGAUGACCCCAGCUUGAAGAGUCCACCCCCUGGCUAUGACAGCGUCAUCGCCCGAGGCCAAACAGAGCCGGAUCCCGCCCAGGACAUUGAACUCGAACUGGAUGGGCAGCCGGUGGUGGUGCCCCAAGGCCCGCCUGUGCGGUGCCCGUCAUUCAAAAGCUCCAGCUUCAGCCAGAGUGAAUACCUCAUAUACAAGGAGAGCCAGUGUCGCCUGCGCUACCUGCUGGAGAUUCACCUCUGAGCUGCUUGCCCUCCCCAGGUCCUGCCCUGCCGGGCCAUGAUCUUCACCCUCCUCUCCCUGGCUCUCACAGCACUUUGUCUGCCUCCCAAGAGUACAAUACAUGCCAGGUGCGUUGGCACACACCAGUAGCCUCAGCUACUCAGGGGGCAGAGGCAAGAAAAACACUUUAUCCUGGGAUCUGGACUCUCACCUAGGCUACAUAGUAACACGUGUCUCAAAAAAAAAAAAAAUACAAUGAGUCAAAGCCAAAUAACGUUUUUGAAGCAGGCCAUGAUUCACGCCUAUAAUCCCAGUACUUGGGAGGCUGAGACAGGAGAAUCGCUGUGAGUUCAAGGACAGCCUGGGUAAAAUAGUUCCAUGUUAGCCUGAGCUAUAGAUGACCUUGCCUUAAAAAUAUAGAAGCCAAUGUUCUGGUUAGGGAUGGACUACACAGCUUAGAUCACCUAAUGACACCGUUGUCAUCAGUUUACAUGAACAGAAUCUACACACAAUGACAAAAUCACUCAGCGGCGUGUUCGUGAGAACGUAUCACCAUUGUGAGGGGAAAACAACUUUUACAUUGUCAUUGUCAUUGUGCUGUGCAAUAGAUUCUUAAAACUCA